ACUUCCUCUCUUGCAUCGGUGCCUUCUUUGGCGUCUUGUUCGCUUCCGUUGAGAUUGGCCUCCUCGUUGCGGUUGUGAUCUCGUUUGCAAAGAUCAUUCUCAUAUCGAUACGACCAGGGAUCGAGACUCUCGGGAGGAUGCCCGGGACGGAUAUAUUUGCCGAUACAGAUCAGUAUCCUAUGGCGGUUAAGACUCCUGGUGUGUUGAUUGUUCGCGUUAAAUCCGCGUUAUUGUGCUUUGCCAAUGCUAAUUUCAUAAGAGAAAGGAUUGUGAGAUGGGUGAAUGAGGAAUUAGAAGAAGAAGGGGGAGGAGAAGAAGACAAGAAGGGCAAUAUGCAAAAGAACAUUCUCCUCGUAGCUCUUGACAUGUCAAAUUUGAUAAAUAUCGAUACUUCGGGGAUUGAGGCUUUGGUGGAACUCCAUAACAAUCUUACCAAAUACGGGGUUGAGCUGGCGAUCGUAAAUCCGAAAUGGGAAGUGAUUCACAAGCUGAGUCAAGCGAAGUUCGUGAGCAGAAUUGGCGGGAAAGUCUACGUGACCAUUGGGGAAGCCCUAGAUGCAUGCAUCGGGUUAAAAGUUUAAUUAGAAAUAAAUAAAUUAUAUAUAUGUAUUGUUAGUUUCGGUGUGUAAUGUAUGUGAACUUGGUAUUGCUUACCUUGCGAGCAUGAUGAUGUAUUGUAGCUAGGUGUAUCGUCAUGCGCAUGCCAUAUGGUACGUAACCUUAGGCAUGCUAAAUAAAAGCCAUGCACGCUAUUGUAACAAAGUUGGUGUUUGUAUUAUGUCACGACGUGUGUCAAGUUCGUGUUAUAAAUUUAUUAGUGUGGCCCUCUAAUAAACAAAAUGCUAUUUUAAUUA